AUCUGCGCCAAAGUUUGUGCUUGCACUGGUUGAUCCUUGCGGUCAGUUCCAAGCAUUGUCAGGUAAUUAUCUGACAAUGCUCACGUCUACGGUUUUGAGCUGGCUGCUUUUCUUUGUGACCGCGCAUGCGUACGAAACAUGGCAUCUUGUAGAUUUGUCACAGGUCAUUUGUCCCAAGCCAACCAGUAGCAUGACCGAUGCGCCCGAAUUUCCGGAGUACAACCUGGGCAUCAACUAUACAAACGAGUUGCAGGUUGAUGCACCACAUAUCGUUGGCUUCAUUCGUGCCAGCAAGCAAGCUGUGUCAAUCACCUUCAAGAUUGAAGAUUUCUAUGGAGAGCAGGUGGUUCCGGAGACAACGGUGGAGCUACAGGAGGGGAGCGAUGCAAUUCCUUCCGCGUGCAGUUGCACCAAUCCCAAUGUUCCACCAGAGGUCUCUGCUACAUACGGUGUGGGCUAUGGAAGUUCCUGCGGUAAAUGGGAUGAAGCCCGGUGUGGCACCCUUUGGGGCAAUAUCACUGUAGGCGAUUGGUGCUGUCGCUCUUGGUGCUAUGCAACUGCUGACUGUCCAGAUGCCUAUCAAAGCCAAGCCAUCCCCGGGCAGUUUUUCAGCUAUGCAGCCUGCUCUGUGACACAUCCGCCACCAAGCACGUGCAGCUGGUCGGAAGUUCAGAAAAAGGCAGAUCCAUGCACCUGCAAGGAUCAGAGCAGCCUUUUCAAUGCUGCGAUGCAAGCGAAGUUUGUGGACAGCUAUGGCUCGAGCUGCAGUACUUGGGACAUGGUCAAUUGUGCUGCCAACUAUCGACCAGACCAGGUCGACACCUGGUGUUGCGCAAACUGGUGCUAUGUCGACAAAGAAUGCCCCAGUGCCGUUGCAUCCCUAAAUCCGGGCAUGGAAGGCAUUUUGUACUGGUCAGAUACAGUUUGUGUGGAUGACCCUGCCUUGAUGAUGCAGUGCCCGUACAAGCCGCAACCCAAUGUCUCUGCGACUGACACGUCGUGUGAUUGUUUGAAUGCGGCCAUUCCAACUUAUAUUUUGGAAAGCCUGGGUGUGAAUGUCACAUUUUAUGCUGACUAUGGGUCACAAUGCGGUCCACACGAUGCAGACGAGUGUGACAAAUUCUUUCCUGGCGCAGACCAUGCAAUGUGGUGUUGCACUUCCUGGUGUUGGGUGUCUGAGAAUUGUCCAACUGCUCGUGGAUCGACUUUGUGGCCUGGUCAUUUCUGGAGUGAGGAGCAUUGCGAGUUAGAUGCAGAAGCUGUGUCAGCCUGCAAGUGGGAGUCACUUUGUGAGUGUCGCGGGCAACUACCAGCUGGUACCUUUGAUGGAAACGGGAACUUUGCAGCAGAUUAUGGCAGCAGCUGCUCAGCAUGGGACUCCGUGAAUUGUAAGGUCGUAUGGGGAAGUGACGCAGACAGCAGUUGGAACACGUCUUCGGAUCAUGAAUGGUGUUGUGACUCCUGGUGCUAUGUGAACGAGGCUUGUCCCAUUGCCAAGAAGUCUUGGCUGGGCAUUGGCUUCUACUUCAGUUAUGAGACUUGUGAUGAUCCCGCCACCACCUACAACGAGCAAACCGACAGCUGUGAUCCACUCCGUCGACUUUCCGCCCGUCGUCGUUCUGGUAGCUUCAGCAGCAGCCGCCGCAGCUGGAGUUCUGGAGGUUCCCGGAGGCGUUCUCCGUAUGCGGCAUCGACCUCCGCCCGACGUAGAUCCUGGUCAGCACCAUCCACGGUCUCACAGCGACGCCGUGCCCCUCCACCACCAGCAGUGCGAAGGAGGGCACCACCACCACCGGUGCCAUCGCCCACGGAAGGAAGGCGAAGGAGUAGCAGUUUGAGUGGACAAACGUUUAGCACAACUCCUCGCAGACGUGCCACCAGCAGUGUUGAAGCUUCCCUACGGAGGCGGAGGACCAUUCCAGAAACACCAUAUGGUUAUGCGAACCGGCCACACAUGAUGAACAACUACGGCGGCACCAUGCCCUAUCAGACGCCCUACGGAUAUACAGGCUACAAUGCAAUUCCACAGCAGAGUUCCCCAAAUGUAGCCAUGUAUGGAGCGGCUGGAUUUGUGGGUGGUCUUGGAGCCGCGUAUAUGUACAACAACAUGUACAGUGAUUCGUGGGGUAUGCACCGUCGCCGUCGCUAUGGCGACUUCCACAAUCAAAAUUUUUGCAUCGUCACUGAUCCGGGAAGUCGCAAUGGUGCCUUCAUGGCAUGCGAGCAGUGCUAUCAUCUCUAUGGCUUUUCCAGCUGUCCGUCAGCAGACUCCUGCCGCACCGCUACUGGCUGCCGCUACACCACACCUCAGAGCUACAGUCGAGAUGAGUUGGCUGCGACUGGUUUUAUCCCUCAGGCCUACACGCCUCCUUUGAAGGUCAUCUUUACUAGCAUCACUGGGCAAGGAAUUGACACGGCAUCAAUCUGCCCACCUCUGACACCAGCCGACGUGGCAUUGGCCGAGCAGUUCAAUCGGACCAUGUCGUUCAAGCCAGAGCUUUUCCUGGUUCUUUCUCGGCAAGAUGUUUUGGAAGCGGCAGAACAAACCGGAGCUGCUACCGGCUUCGCGCCCUCGGCAGCUCUGUUGCUGAUGCUCGUCCUCCCCCAUCUCCACAAGUAG